UCAGCUGGGGUGCGGAGGCGGAAGAUGGCGGCGGCGGCCCGGCGGCUGUAAGCAGCGCGGCGGCGGCGAAGACUGCCGAUGGCGGCCAGGAGGCGUCCUCGGGGAGCCGCGGGCCGUUAGGGUGCUACGCUGGGCGGCAUGUCGGAGCACGCGGCACCCGGGGCCCCGGGGCCUGGGCCCAACGGCGGUGGUGGCGGUGGUGGUGGCGGCGGCGGCGGCGGCGGCCCGGCCCCCGCGCGCGGGCCUCGCACCCCCAACCUCAACCCCAAUCCUCUCAUCAACGUGCGCGACCGGCUUUUCCACGCGCUCUUCUUCAAGAUGGCUGUCACCUACUCGCGCCUCUUCCCGCCCGCCUUCCGUCGACUCUUCGAGUUUUUCGUGUUGCUCAAGGCCCUGUUCGUGCUCUUUGUUCUGGCCUACAUCCACAUCGUCUUCUCCCGCUCACCUAUCAACUGCCUGGAGCACGUGCGUGACAAGUGGCCCCGUGAGGGCAUCCUGCGGGUAGAGGUGCAGCACAACUCGAGCCGCGCGCCCGUCUUCCUGCAGUUCUGCGAUGGUGGCCAUGGCAGCUUCCCCGGCCUGGCCGUGGAGCCAGAUGGCCUGGAGUUAGAGGAGGACGAGGAGGAGGAGCUGACCAUGGACAUGUUCGGGAACAGCUCCAUCAAGUUUGAGCUGGACAUCGAGCCCAAGGUGUUCAAGCCACCAGGUGGCCCCGAGGCCUUAAAUGACAGCCAGGAGUUCCCAUUCCCUGAGACGCCCCCAAAAGCCUGGCCGCAAGACGAGUACAUCGUGGAGUACUCGCUGGAGUACGGCUUCCUGAGGUUGUCGCAGGCCACGCGCCAGCGGCUCAGCAUCCCCGUCAUGGUGGUCACACUGGAUCCCACGCGGGACCAGUGCUUUGGUGACCGUUUCAGCCGCCUGCUGCUGGCCGAGUUCCUGGGCUAUGAUGACAUCCUCAUGUCCAGCGUGAAGGGCCUGGCAGAGAAUGAGGAGAACAAAGGCUUCCUGAGGAAUGUGGUGUCUGGGGAGCACUACCGCUUUGUGAGCAUGUGGAUGGCCCGCACGUCCUACCUGGCUGCCUUCGUCAUCAUGGUCAUCUUUACCCUGAGUGUGUCCAUGUUGCUGCGCUACUCCCACCACCAGAUUUUCGUCUUCAUUGUGGACCUGCUGCAGAUGCUGGAGAUGAACAUGGCCAUCGCCUUCCCCGCAGCGCCCCUGCUGACCGUCAUCCUGGCCCUCGUGGGAAUGGAGGCAAUCAUGUCUGAGUUCUUCAACGACACCACCACAGCCUUCUACAUCAUCCUCAUCGUGUGGCUGGCUGACCAGUAUGAUGCCAUCUGCUGCCACACCAACACCAGCAAGCGGCACUGGCUUCGGUGGGCACCGGGGGCCGUGUGGUCUGGGGUGGAGGCAGCUGGGUGGGCAGCACCUCAUUGUUCCCCUUGCAGGUUCUUCUACCUGUACCACUUUGCCUUCUACGCUUACCACUACCGCUUCAAUGGGCAGUACAGCAGCCUGGCACUCGUCACCUCCUGGCUCUUCAUCCAGCAUUCCAUGAUCUACUUCUUCCACCACUACGAACUACCCGCCAUCCUGCAGCAGAUCCGUGUCCAGGAGAUGCUGCUGCAGACACCACCGCUGGGCCCCGGAACCCCCACUGCCCUGCCGGAUGACCUGAACAAUAAUGGAGGCAUCCCACCUAUCACCCCCGACGCUGCUAGCCAGUCCCCUGCCCUGGGCCCUGGCUUGCCAGGUGCUGGCGGGGGCCCCGGGCCCGUGGCUGAGGCACCUAGCUCCCUGGUGGCCGCAGCGGCCUCAGUGGCUGCAGCAGCCAGUGGUGACCUGGGUUGGAUGGCAGAGACGGCUGCCAUCAUCACAGACGCCUCCUUCCUGUCUGGCCUGAGCGCCUCUCUCCUGGACCAGCGGCCAGGCAGCCCCCUGAGCCCCAGUGGGGGCCUCCUACGGGGCCCCCAGGACAGUGCCCCUACAAGCAACUCUCCAGGGUCUGAUGCAGUCCCUCAGACCACCGGGGGGGGCAGACCCAGCCCUGCAUCCACCGAUCUAGUGGAUACGCCCUCGGAAGUCGGCUCCUGAGCCCUGGGCAGCUGACGGCCUUUAUCCCUGGCUGUCCAAGCCAGCUGGGUGUGACCUGGCUGGAGCCCUCGGGGGUCAGGGAGACUGUCCCCAGUGGCUCUGGGAAUGCUCAGCCUGCCUUAGGUGGUUUGGGGUCCAUCAGGUUUGCUGGGAGGCAGGUGUCUCUUCCCCAGGGCAUGGGGCCAGCCUACAGCCUGUCCCUGGUGGGUCUCCUCAGCUAGUAAAUCAAGACCAGCCUGUGAACCAGGGUAGAAGGGGUGGGGGCUCCAUGGAAGGUUCUGAAAGGGUGGUGAAAGGUCUGGAGCAAGCUGCCCCGGAGCAAAGCAUCAGGUGGGGCUGGCUUAGCUGGUGCUCUGUCAUGCCCAGUGCCUUUCCACGGCCACCCUACGUGCCUGGGCUGGGGGCCCGGGAAGGUGGAGCUCGGCCUCGAUGGCGCAUAGGCGCCAACAUCUAAGGCAGCCAGGGGAUCCAGGGUUCCGCCCUGCUGUGGGUGGGGAGGUGGCCGGUGACCCAACCCAAUCACUCUGUGAGGAAUGCAGAAGAGUGCUCAUUCCACUCUUAUUUAAUUGCAGUGUACAAAAUGGUGUUUGUAUAUAGAAUAAACUGUUGACAGCGUC